CCCGCCGUCGUCGUCGGCGCGGAAAUACUGGAAAAGCGCUAAAAUUAGCCCGAAAUCUCUAUAAAUACACACUAAAUAAAGAAACGUGAGAGUGAAUAAUUGCAUCCCGUAAAAACACACUAUGGGUGCUUAGUGUUUUUUGGUGAGGAUGGUUUUUUAGUGUUUUCUUAGAGGAUGAAGUGGUCGCAACGAUAACGUGUUAAGGAUAUCGGAGCAUGUGGAGGUGCGCUGCAACCACACAAGUAAGAAGACUGCGGCGUGAGGUAGUAGAGGCGACGGUAAUGGCACCAGGUACAUCAUCCGCGGGAAAAACCAGAAGAAGAUAGAAGGGCCGGCGGGGCGGAUCCCCGACCCCCCGGCAUCCCCCGGGCCGGCUCAGCAGGAUGCGGCGCCCUAAAGAAUGAAGAAGCAAAACGUCCGCACCCUCUCGCUGAUUGUGUGCACCUUCACGUAUCUGCUCACCGGGGCCGCCUUCUUCGACGCCCUCGAGUCCGAGACCGAGGCCAAACGGAAAAUUGUCCUUCAAGAUAUCCAAGUAAUAAUUAGACGUAAGUAUAACAUAAGCGACGAGGAUUUUCGAAUAAUGGAAACGAUCGUGAUGAAAUCGGAACCGCACAGGGCCGGACAGCAAUGGAAGUUCACCGGGGCCUUUUACUAUGCCACCACGGUCUUGACUACUAUUGGUUAUGGGCAUUCAACCCCGAGCACCAUCGCGGGCAAAAUGUUCACCAUGAUGUACGCGAUGAUCGGAAUCCCCUUGGGACUGGUCAUGUUCCAGAGUAUCGGCGAACGGGUUAAUAAACUGAGCAGUGUGAUAAUAAGAUCAGUUCGAUCCUCGCUCCAUUGUAAACGAACGACCGCGUCCGAACUGGAUCUGAUCUGCGUAGUGACGUUCUUGUCUUCCUUGACGAUCCUGGGGGGAGCCGCUGCCUUUUCCCGAUACGAAGGUUGGAGCUACUUUGACUCCGUUUACUACUGCUUCAUCACGUUGACCACCAUAGGAUUUGGAGAUAUGGUGGCUCUGCAAAAGGACAACGCCCUUAGCCAGAAGCCCGAGUACGUGAUGUUCUCCUUGAUCUUUAUCCUGUUCGGUUUGGCCAUAGUGGCGGCCUCUUUAAAUCUUCUGGUACUGCGAUUCGUCACCAUGAACACCGAGGAUGAGAGGAGGGAUGAAGCUCAAGCAAUUCAGGCGAUGGCUGUAGCGGUGAGACUAGACGGGGAUGUCAUAACUGCCAACGGAUCAAUCUUAAGUGGGCAUCUGGGGCUUCAUUGUACUGAGACCACUUCUUUGGAUAUUGACGAUACCUCAGUUUGCUCGUGUCCGUGCGGGUGCAUUCCAACGAAUAACAGGCGAAAAUGGUCCUCAAGGAGAUCGCCGACCCAAAUAAGGCAUCUACUGCCGGUGCUCCCUAUGCACGAGCUCCAUUUGCCCAACAAGGACGUGCCGCCCCCGCCGGCGAUUUACCCCAACCAUAGGGCUUCGAUUUGAUUUUCUCACACAGCCUACGUUCAAUAAUGUGAUAUUUAAGUUAUUCGAAUAAUCCGCCGAAAUUGUUUUAGAAAUAACGCGAGUUAUUUAUAAAACAAUUAUUAGCGAUAAUAUUUAUGAUAACUUAAAGUAUUAAUAAAACGAAUUAUAAAUAAUGUAAUAUAA